AGGUGGCUGGGAAUCGAGGACUACCAUUACCCAGUUUUCCUCGCGCGAGAUAAUCCUCCCCGAGAGGAGCUCGGGCAUUGUGGAACUGGGGAAACCUCAAGAUGGAUACCAGAGACGUUGCGGGAAAAGCUAAUAGAUGGUUUGGGGUUGCACCACCCAGAUCCGGGAAGAUGAAUAUGAAUAUUGUUCAUCAAGAGGAGUUGAUUGCUCAGAAGAAGAGAGAAAUUGAAGCCAAAAUGGAGCAGCAAGCCAAGCUGAAUCACGUGGGAAAUCCGCAACCUACACGGUCCAAGGAUCCAGAUCUCCUACCCCAGAGCUGUAGGUGCAGAGAGCAGGAAGAAGCACAGAACCAGGGAAAGAGAGAAAGACAAAGGAGGAUCACACUUCGAGUUGCAAGUGCACAGAACACAGCAUCUGUUUCUAACAAGUUUGCCAAUGACGGCAGUUUCCUCCAGCAGUUUCUGAAGCUACAGAAAGAGCGAUCCAGCUCUGAUGCUUCCCCAAGCUCUGCCAGUGGCUCCUCGAACAUCUCCUCCUCAAGUGCUGGGAAGAGACCCAUCUUGAUUGGAAAACGUCCCAGCCUGGGAGUGAGCAGCUCUGUUAAUCAAGUGAAGAACUACUCCCAUGCUAAGCAAACACCCGUUGCUAACCGCCUGAGCGUGUUCCAAUCCCCAGAUGAUGAGGAGGAGGAGGAUUAUGAACAAUGGUUGGAAAUAAAAAUUUCACCCCCAGAGGAUGCAGAGACCCGGAAAGUGGUAGAGAAAUUGGCCAGGUUUGUGGCAGAGGGAGGCCCUGAAUUAGAAAAAGUUGCUAUGGAGGACUACAAGGAUAAUCCUGCUUUUUCGUUUUUACAUGAUAAGAACAGCAGAGAAUUCCUUUACUAUCGAAAAAAAGUUGCAGAGAUGAAAAAGACAAAUCAAAAUUCACAGAAUCUGUCUUCUCAGAAAGUUUCACCCCCAGAGGAUGAAGAGACCAAGAACUUUGCCGAGAAGCUGGCCAGAUUUAUAGCAGACGGGGGGCCAGAGGUAGAAACAAUCGCCUUGCAGAACAACCGGGAAAACCAAGCUUUCAGAUUUUUGUACGAACCUAACAGCAAAGGCUACAAGUACUACCGCCAGAAACUGGAGGAGUUCCGAAAAGCCAAGGUCAGCGCUGUAGGAGUAGUCCCAGGGCCCGAACCCAGCCUGAAGCGGAAGAGCCCACCCAAGGUACCACCUUCCACUUUGUUUCCUUCCCCUUCAUCGUCCUCGGCCUUGCCAGCCUCCCAGGGCCUCGGAAAAUCAGCCUCCACCUCCGCCGCCACCACCUCCGCUGCUACCAAGAAGAAGCGGAAGAGCAGGUGGGGCCCUGAAGAGGACAAGGUUGAGCUGCCUCCACCUGAGCUGACCCAGCAGAACGUGGACACCUCCCCCUCCCCUCUGUCAGUUCAGGAUCUCAAAGGGCUCGGGUAUGAGAAGGGGAAGCCUGUCGGCUUAGUGGGAGUAACAGAACUCUCCGAUGCUCAAAAGAAACAGCUGAAAGAGCAGCAGGAGAUGCAGCAGAUGUACGACAUGAUCAUGAAGCACAAGCGGGCCAUGCAAGACAUGCAGCUCAUGUGGGAGAAGGCGAUCCAGCAACACCAGCACGACUAUGACAGCGACGAGGAGGUGGACAAUGAGCUGGGGACGUGGGAGCACCAACUCCGGCGCAUGGAGAUGGACAAGACACGAGAGUGGGCUGAGCAGCUGACAAAAAUGGGCCGAGGGAAGCACUUCAUUGGCGACUUCCUGCCCCCUGAUGAGCUGGAGAAGUUCAUGGAGACUUUCAAGGCAUUAAAGGAGGGCCGCGAGCCAGAUUACUCGGAGUACAAAGAAUUCAAGCUGACGGUGGAAAACAUUGGCUACCAGAUGUUGGUGAAGAUGGGCUGGAAGGAGGGCGAUGGGCUUGGUUCGGACGGGCAAGGAAUCAAAAACCCGGUCAACAAGGGCACCACUGCCGUGGAUGGGGCCGGAUUUGGGAUUGACCGACCAGCUGAGCUCUGCAAGGAAGAUGACGAGUACGAGGCGUUCCGGAAAAGGAUGAUGCUGGCCUACAGGUUCCGGCCUAACCCCUUGAACAAUCCAAGACGACCUUACUACUGAGUGAUUUCAGAAAAAGUAUUUUCAGUACAAUUUUAAUUUUACUGUGAAAUGUAACAAAAUUGCUUUAUUUCUCUGCCUCCUCUGCCUCCUCCCCCCAACUCCUUUUUUGUCUCCCCCUCGGUUGAUGCAAAUACUAUGAAAUGUAUUAAAGUUACAAUACUGUCCUUCA